UACAAUUGCACGUUUCCAGUGUUAUAUAUUCUUAGUAAUAGUAUUUCAAACCUUACCUUUUUUGUUUUUCCUGCAGAAUUAUGUCUUUUUCUUGUUUGAUUCCUGUUACAAAAAUUGAAAAUCUUGAGAUCACACCAAAUCCAAAUUGGCUUGAACUUCCUAGAGACAUAACAAUCAACAUACUGCGGAGACUUGGUACGGUUGAAUUAGUGACAAGUGCAUCUGUGGCAUGCCCUCUUUGGUGGAACAUCUGCAAAGACCCUCUCAUGUGGAGCACGAUUGACAUGAUCACCAACAUCUCUGUGUCAUACUCUGACUAUUCAUAUUCUAAUCGAUUAGAAAAGAUUUGUCACUAUGCUGUUCAACAAAGUUGUGGUCAUCUCAAAGACAUUUAUAUCAAGAAUUUUGGGACCGAUGAUCUUCUUCUUCACAUAGCUAACAGUGCAAACCAACUAAGAUGCAUAUGGCUUGAAGGAUGCCAUGACAUUUCAAAUGAGGCACUCAAGAAAGUUGUGAAGAAGCAGCCAUUCUUAGAAGAGCUUGACAUUUGUCAUUGUUCUGACCUAAGAACUGAUUUUUUUAAAUAUAUUGGCAAAUGUUGUCCACUUUUGAAGUCAAUGAGAUUUAGCCCUUGUAUUGAGGCAGCAGGCGACUAUAAGUGUGAUGAUGUUGCGUUUGUAAUUGCAGAAUCAAUGUAUAAGCUGCGCCAUCUUACAAUUUUGAAUAACCAACUCACCAAAAAUGGAUUACUAGCUGUUCUAGAUGGAUGCCCUCUUCUUGAAUCUCUUGAUAUUCGAGGAUGUCUUCAUCUCCAUUUUGAUAGAAGUUUGGAGAAAAGAUGCAAUACGCAGAUCAAAGAGUUACGAUUUCCAACCGAAUAUAUUGCACAUAAGUUUAAUUUUGGUGAUUACAUGUAUUAUCUGCAGUUGAAAUUAACUUUGGUGAUUCUAGAAUGAUCUUGGUCAUGUACUUUUAUAUUGUUGAUUUAUCUUCCUCACAUGUAAUUUGACUUUACAUACUCAUUUUAUUUCUUCUCUGUACAAAAUCUUCUCCGACAGAAGUUGCAUGUGUAAGAGACUAUAUAUAAAGAUUUGAAAUAUAGUUUUAAAUGGGGCUUAUAAUGUUUGAAUAUUAGUGAUAAAGUUGACAGAAAAUGUGGCUCCCAAUUCAUUAACAAAGUCAAGCACAAUGUAUAUUAUAACUUUGGUCUGCUACUCUUGUACUUGUUGUAACAUCUAUGUACUAGUUGAUGAAUCUGAUAUGGUUUUUGAUGAAGGAAUGUUGGAGUUUUUUCACCUCAAUUUGUUGUUGUUGCCACCACUUUUUUGGUGUGUAAGAUAGUAUGUUCACUACUAACUAUUGAUGUUUGAUGUUUUGACUGUGGUGUGAAUAGUACUACUUGAUGUGUUUGGUACUAAAUGUUCUGGUUUUAUGAGUGAACACAUGCUAAAGCAUCUGACGUGGCACCUGGCCUUAAACUGUGUGUGCUGAUCUUUGUGUUAGUAGUAUCUGUUGUUGUUGUGUAUUUAUGCAUGACUGACAUUGUGAUUACAUGACUGGCUGUUAUGGAAUCUUCAAUCUUGAUGUACGUAGCAACCUUUUAACUUCUGACUAUGCUACUGAUUUGUGGUGGUUUAUAUGAACUUCAUUUGUGAACAUGUUUUCUUGUC